GAGCCACCAGGGAUAAAGGGCAGUGGCCGGGCGAGGGGGACACUCGGUGGCUGACUCAAGGAACCCGGCCCAGGCAACCUGUCCCCUUCCUCUCCUUUGUUGUGACACCGUGCAGGUCCGCAAGGGUUUAGGAAUCUCCAACAGCUGUCAACUUCAAAGUCGCCUUUGAAAUCCACAAUACCCUUCGUGACAGACCAGGCCGGGAUUGUUAUUUUGUGUGUGUCUCUGAUUGAGUUGAUUUGUCCUAUGUUACAUUGUAGUGUUUUUCUCGAGGAGGUCCCUCCUUUUUUCUUCUUCUUUUGUUUGUUUUACAUCGUUUACUUUUUGUUUUUUACAGAAAACGGAAAUUAUAGAAGAGGCUUUUCCUGGGAAUCUCAUGAACAGUGCAUCCAGUGGAUUGUUAAAUUUAUUCAUGGCCAGCAUAGUCCUAAAAGAAUUUCUUUUCUUUAUGACUGCUUAGCGAUGGCAGUGGAGACUGGUCUCCUUCCACCCAGGAUGGUUUGUGAAUCCCUGAUAAACUCUGACACACUGGAAUGGGAAAGAACGCAGCUUUGGGCCUUAACAUUUAAACUAGUUCGGAAAAUAAUUGGGGGAGUGGAUUACAAGGGUGUUCGAGAUCUCUUAAAAGUGAUUUUGGAGAAAAUCUUGACAAUUCCCAAUACAGUGAGCUCAGCUGUUGUACAGCAGCUUCUAGCAGCAAGAGAGGUUAUAGCAUAUAUCUUGGAAAGAAAUGCCUGUCUAUUACCAGCCUAUUUUGCAGUCACAGAGAUCAGGAAACUAUAUCCUGAGGGAAAACUUCCACACUGGUUACUUGGAAACUUGGUAUCAGACUUUGUGGAUACCUUCAGGCCCACAGCAAGGAUAAACUCCAUUUGUGGCCGCUGCAGCCUUCUGCCAGUUGUAAAUAACUCGGGAGCCAUUUGUAACUCGUGGAAAUUGGAUCCUGCAACUCUUCGUUUUCCUUUGAAAGGCCUCUUGCCAUAUGAUAAGGAUCUGUUUGAACCACAGACUGCUUUGUUGAGAUAUGUAUUGGAGCAGCCUUAUUCCAGGGAUAUGGUCUGCAAUAUGCUAGGUUUAAAUAAGCAGACCUUGAACAUUGCUCAGCACAAGCAGCGUUGCCCUGUGCUGGAGGACCAGUUGGUGGAUCUGGUGGUCUAUGCCAUGGAGCGGUCCGAGACCGAGGAGAAGUUUGACGAUGGGGGCACGAGCCAACUCCUGUGGCAGCACCUCUCGAGUCAGCUCAUUUUCUUUGUGCUUUUCCAGUUUGCAAGUUUCCCACAUAUGGUCCUUUCUCUUCAUCAGAAGUUAGCAGGGAGAGGACUGAUUAAAGGCAGAGAUCAUCUAAUGUGGGUUCUCCUGCAAUUCAUUUCUGGAAGUAUUCAGAAAAAUGCACUCGCUGAUUUUCUCCCUGUCAUGAAGCUCUUUGACCUUCUGUAUCCAGAAAAAGAAUAUAUCCCAGUUCCUGAUAUUAACAAACCCCAGUCAACUCAUGCCUUUGCAAUGACUUGCAUUUGGAUUCAUCUCAAUAGAAAAGCCCAAAAUGACAACUCCAAGUUACAGAUUCCAAUACCUCAUUCUCUAAAGCUUCACCAUGAGUUCCUACAGCAGAGUCUUAGAAAUAAAAGUUUACAGAUGAAUGACUAUAAGAUCGCCCUGCUGUGUAAUGCAUACUCUACAAAUUCAGAAUGUUUUACAUUACCCAUGGGAGCUCUGGUAGAAACUAUUUAUGGGAAUGGAAUUAUGAGAGUACCUCUUCCUGGAACGAGCUGCUUGGCUUCCGCGUCUAUUACUCCCUUACCCAUGAACCUCCUGGACUCACUGACGGUUCAUGCCAAAAUGAGCCUUAUCCAUAGCAUUGCUACCAGAGUGAUAAAACUUGCUCAUGCAAAAUCCAGUGUGGCCUUGGCUCCAGCCCUAGUGGAAACGUACAGUCGUUUAUUGGUCUAUAUGGAAAUAGAGUCUUUGGGCAUCAAAGGAUUUAUCAGUCAACUUUUGCCAACUGUUUUCAAGUCACAUGCCUGGGGGAUCUUGCACACACUUCUUGAGAUGUUCAGCUACCGGAUGCACCACAUUCAGCCUCAUUACCGAGUGCAGCUCCUGAGCCAUCUUCAUACUUUAGCUGCAGUUGCACAAACAAACCAGAACCAGCUCCAUCUCUGUGUUGAGAGUACCGCACUUAGGCUUAUAACAGCAUUAGGUAGUUCGGAGGUACAGCCACAGUUCACACGCUUCCUGAGUGAUCCCAAAACGGUGCUGUCCGCGGAAUCUGAGGAGCUGAACCGAGCCUUGAUAUUGACCUUAGCUAGAGCAACUCAUGUAACAGAUUUUUUUACAGGCUCUGAUUCAAUUCAGGGAACUUGGUGUAAAGAUAUACUUCAGACCAUCAUGAGUUUUACUCCUCAUAAUUGGGCAUCACACACUCUUAGCUGUUUUCCAGGCCCGCUACAGGCAUUCUUCAAACAAAAUAACGUACCUCAGGAAAGCCGUUUUAAUCUGAAAAAAAAUGUGGAAGAGGAGUAUAGGAAGUGGAAGUCGAUGACCAAUGAAAAUGACAUCAUUACCCACUUUUCUAUGCAAGGCUCUCCUCCUCUCUUCCUUUGUCUUCUCUGGAAAAUGCUCUUGGAAACAGAUCAUAUAAAUCAGAUUGGCUAUAGAGUAUUAGAAAGAAUUGGAGCCAGGGCCUUGGUUGCCCAUGUGAGAACAUUUGCAGAUUUCCUAGUAUAUGAGUUCUCUACAUCAGCUGGGGGUCAGCAACUCAACAAAUGCAUUGAAAUUCUUAAUGACAUGGUAUGGAAGUACAACAUUGUUACAUUGGACAGAUUAAUUCUCUGCCUGGCCAUGCGUAGUCAUGAAGGAAAUGAAGCCCAGGUUUGUUAUUUCAUAAUUCAGUUGCUGUUACUCAAACCAAAUGAUUUUAGAAAUCGAGUGAGUGACUUCGUGAAGGAAAAUUCUCCAGAGCACUGGCUACAGAACGACUGGCACACCAAGCACAUGAAUUAUCACAAGAAGUACCCCGAGAAACUGUAUUUUGAGGGCCUCGCGGAGCAGGUCGACCCUCCUGUGCAGAUUCAGUCUCCCUACCUCCCCAUCUAUUUUGGAAAUGUGUGUCUUCGAUUUCUCCCAGUAUUUGAUAUAGUAAUCCACAGGUUUUUAGAGCUGCUUCCAGUUUCCAAGUCACUGGAGACUCUACUAGAUCACCUUGGUGGCUUAUAUAAAUUUCAUGAUCGGCCAGUGACUUAUUUGUAUAAUACUCUGCACUAUUAUGAAAUGCACCUGAGAGACCGCCCACAUCUCAAGCGAAAACUUGUCCAUGCCAUCAUUGGCUCACUCAAGGAUAAUCGACCCCAAGGCUGGUGUCUAAGUGACACGUACCUGAAGUGUGGCAUGAAUGCACGAGAAGAAAAUCCUUGGAUCCCUGAUGACUCCUACUAUUGCAGAUUGAUUGGCAGACUAGUAGAUACGAUGGCUGGCAAAUCUCCCGGUCCAUUCCCAAACUGCGACUGGAGAUUCAAUGAGUUUCCCAACCCAGCUGCCCAUGCACUGCAUGUUACUUGUGUGGAGCUCAUGGCCUUGGCCGUUUCAGGUGAAGAUGUUGGAAAUGCUCUUCUAAAUGUCGUCCUGAAAAGUCAGCCUUUAGUGCCAAGAGAGAAUAUUACAGCAUGGAUGAAUGCAAUUGGACUCAUCAUCACUGCACUGCCAGAGCCAUAUUGGAUUGUUCUUCAUGAUCGAAUUGUGAGUGUUAUCAGCAGUCCCAGCUUGACCUCUGAGUCAGAGUGGGUUGGCUAUCCAUUCCGCCUCUUUGAUUUCACUGCUUGUCAUCAGUCCUACUCCGAGAUGAGCUGCAGCUAUACAUUAGCUCUCGCACAUGCUGUGUGGCACCAUUCCAGCAUUGGGCAACUUUCUCUCAUUCCCAAGUUUCUCACUGAAGUCCUUCUUCCUAUAGUGAAAACUGAAUUCCAGUUGCUUUAUGUGUAUCAUCUUGUGGGACCAUUUUUACAAAGAUUUCAGCAAGAGAGAACUCGAUGUAUGAUAGAGAUCGGUGUGGCAUUUUAUGACAUGUUGCUGAAUGUAGACCAGUGCAGCGCCCACUUAAAUUACAUGGACCCCAUCUGUGACUUCCUGUAUCAUAUGAAGUAUAUGUUUACUGGUGACAGCGUAAAAGAACAAGUAGAGAAGAUUAUCUGUAACUUAAAACCAGCUUUAAAACUCCGUCUUCGAUUCAUCACACACAUUAGCAAGAUGGAACCAGCUGCAGUGCCCCCACAAGCCAUAAAUAGUGGGUCUCCAGCACCUCAGUCUAAUCAGGUGCCAGUGUCUUUACCGGUCACUCAGUGAGGGCAGGGUGUACCGCGGUGAAAAGGAAGACACAUCUGUCUUUGGAAGUGGACUCAAAUCUAUUAAAUCUGAACAUGAUCCUGCUACAUAGAGAGAGAUACAGUAGAAGCAGUGAUGUUCAGAUUGUUUUAUUUUGAUUCAAAUGAUGAAUCUGUUGAUACUUUACAACUCCCAUCUCCCUACCGGUAUUUUUGUCUCUAAGAGAUAAACUACAUGUUGCUCAUAUCCAUCACAAUUUAUUAGAGCUACCUAGGAAUACUGAGGUAUCUAUGAUCAAAUGACUCUUACUAGAUCCUUUCGAUCUUUCCUAUCUAGUCCCCGGUUUUAUUUUUAAUUUUUAUUAUUAAUGACUUCUGCUUUCAAAUACAUUGUUUUAAAGGCAACACACAUGUGAAAUAGUUAUUACAAAUCAUUUUAUACAUAAAUCUCUCUUGGUGUAUCUUUGGGAUAGGAGAUUUUUGUCAAGUAAGGGACUCGAAUUUUCACUUCAUUGCAGGAGCAAACACAGUUUCCUAUUCUUUUAAAAAUGGCUUAAAAUUUUUACCAUAGAUUUCCAAAGAAAUGGGCUAACAUUUCUAUUAAGGCAGAUUGGCAAGUUUUUGCUUUUGCUAUGGACUUGAACUUACUGUAUGAAAUGAGUUUCAAAGCCAUGUAAAAAAAUAACACAGAAAGGCAUAAACUUAAUAAAAUAAUACUUAAAUGGUGAUUCUCCAAUCUCUGUUUCUAAAAGUAAAGUAAUUGCUUUUCCAGGUUGACACUCUCACCUGGCCAAUGAUGUGAUUCUUUAAGUUUUUAUACUCUUGAAAUUCUUAAGUUAAUGUAUUUUUAAUUAUAGCAUACAUUGUGGUUCUUUAUGGUUUAUCAGAUUUUAAGAGGCAAACUUAAUUUGGGGAGGGUGGGGCAAUGGCGUUAAGAUUGUAAGAUUUGAAAAUAAUUAGUAAAAUCUGUUGAAUGAGCAAACUGUCUGAUUAAUUACUCAGUCUGAACGGGUGUCUGCUGUGUUCCAGGCAGUAUGCUGGCUAGGUUGUAACAAGAGAACUGGGCUGUUUCUACAGGUUGUACACUGCAUUUGGUGACUGACACUGACCUAAUAAACUGUAGCUUACUCUCAUUUAUUUUCUCCACUUUCCUGACAUUGACCUAGGAACUAAGAGUUACUGAUUUUUUUUUUAAGGAAUCAGAAAUGUGGCCAACUGUAUUUUAGAUUUUUAUUUCUGAAUACAUUUCUCUUAGAUCUCUCCUUGUGGUUCAUAUUAUUGUAAUCACUAAAUCUUUAUUUGCCAUGCAAGUCUGGCUUAAAAUGUAUGUAAUGGUAUAAGUAAUUUUUCUAGGUUAAUAAUUUCCUUAAAAUUCUCCAGAAAUGUUAUGCUAGAAAUGAUUUCAAGUGUUCCCUUUGGCAUAGUUUCACUUACUCUUACUGACUUGAAGAAUAUAUUGCUUUGAGAUCCUAGAAUGGAAUAAUUGUGACUCUGGUAUUACACAAACAGAAUAAAGGAAGUGAAAAUCAGUGUGACUGUCUCAAGGACAAAUACAUUCCAGUUAAUUUAUUAAAAAUUCCAUUUGUUUCCUCUCUAGCUAAAAAUAAGGGGAUAUGAUUUUCCCAAAAUAGGCUUUUAAAAGAAUUGUUAAUCAGAGACAAUAGAAGAAGAUAGAAGCUUUAUUUGGGUUUAGAAUGCACCUGAGGGAAAAACAUCGCCUUUAUAUUCAUUUCAUCCUCAAAGUUUUUCUUUCUGAAAAUGAAUAGUAAUCUAGAGUGGCUCUAUCCCAUAGGACUUUCUGCAGUGGUGAAAAUAUUCUGUAUCUGUGCUGUCCAGUACAAGACUCAGAAGGUCCGUGUACUGAGCACCUGAAGUGUAGAGCUGCAUUUUUAAUUUUAUUAAGCUUUAAAUAAUUUAAAUAACCCCACGUGGCUAUUGUAUUGAACAUUAUACUUUACAGUAAGAUGUAUCAUAAUUGCUUUGACCUAAAAGUAAUUCAGUAAAAUACGUAUCUGACAGAGUCUAUAAUGUCAACAGUUAGAUUUAAAAUUCUGGAUUGCUUGUGAAAAAUCAGGUGAUAGGGGCUCUUUAACAUAUAGCUGUUACAACAACAAUAAAAAUCCUUUCAUGGGACCUGCUUCAUCACAGAGUCCAUUUGAGUUUCUAUGUAAGUUGGGGAGAGGGGGAAGAGUUUGCUUCCCUGGUUUUAAUUAUAUACCUGACCCUUGAACAACACAGGGGUUAGGGGUGCUGACCCCCACACAUAGUCGAAAGUUUGUAACUUUUGACUUCCCAAGAGUUUAACCACUGAUAGUUUACUGUUGACUAGAAGCCUUACUGAUAACAUUAGCAGUCAAUUAACACACGUUUUGUCUGUUACGUAUAUAAUAUACUGAACUCUUACAAUGAAGCUAGAGAGAAGAAAAUGUUAUUAAGAAAAUCCUAAGGACAAGAAAAUACAUUUACAGUACCGUAUGUAUCAAAAAAUUGUGUAUAAGUGGACCCAUGCAGUUCAAACCCAUGUUGUUCAAGGGUCAACUGUAGUUUACUCUCAUUUAUUUUCUCCACUUUCCUCACUAUAUUCCAUAGCCAAGAUGAGUUUUCAGGGUGUUUAAGGAUUUCAGCUAAUGAGAUACACUCUGAUUGCAAUGAGUAAAAGUAAGAAGUUUGGAAGUCACAGAUCAUUUUAAGUGAAAUUCCUAUCCGAGUUAGAUCUUAGAAACAAUAGCAAUUUGAUUUCUUUUUUCUACCUCCAGGGUAGGCCUCCAGAAAGCCUACGUGAAUAGAAGCUUUGCUUAAAAUAUAAACCAACACCAUGUCUGAGGUUUUUACAAAAGUAAAACAUGAUCGUCAAACAUUAAUGAAUGUGGAGAUUCCCCAGGGCCUAUCAUUGCCCAUUUUGCAGUUGAAGAAACCAGAGCCAGAGUUUCAUUUCACCAGGCUUACAGAAUUUUGAGGAUG